UAUGUUCGUCCUUGGGGCCUAGGGCGUUUCCUACCGAGCCGAUGGUUGCUAUGAGUCUUCCGCGGAGUCUGUCAUGCACAGGAACUUGGUCGACUCAGUGCUGGCAAGUUUUGCCUCAUGGCACUGGUGCGAGGCUGGCCAAAGGUGCUGCAUUGCCUCCUCCAUCACGCAGGCCGGAGCGCUCGCCUGCGCACGCUCGAAGUGAAUGCCACCCUGGCAGCUUUGUCCGCUUCGCAGCAAUGGCCCAUGGUGUUGCAUCUUUGGUCGUUGGGGCAAAGUUUUCAGGGUUGGAGGGAUGUGGUCAGCUACAACAUCCUUUGCCACGCCUUAGGGCGUGGAACUCAAUGGAUUGCUGCGCAGCGAUGCUUCCAGCAGUUGCAGGCGCACGAAGGCGAGACAUCGCAACAUCAUCUACAGCCGAACAUCCGAAGCUUCAACACGAUGCUGAGCGUCUACGAAAAGUCAACGGCCUGGAAGCAAGCCUGUGUCUUGCUGGCCAGGAUGCUGAAAGAAGAACUUCAACCGGAUCAGGUGAGCCACCACACCAUGAUCUCGGCCUUCAGCAAGGGACAUCAACCCUUGAAAGCGCUUCAGGCCUUGGACGUCCUGCGAGAUCGGAGGAGGCCUGGCCUUGCAGGUUACAACGCCGCCCUCCGCUCCCUGGCAUUGGAAGACGAGGCGUGGCAUUUGUGGCCAAAGGCCUUCGACCUUUGCAGGAAGAUGCGGGAAGAUGGUCUAGAAGCAGAUUUGGGCACAUACAACGCAUGGCACAGACAGCUCAUGAGCAUCUUCGGGUUUGCAGGAAAGUGGAACUGGGCGCUUCACUUGCUGCGUGAGGUGAAUGAGGCACGGCUUUGCCCAGACAACAUUUCAUGGAGCAGCAUUGUAAAUGCAUGCAGCCAUGGUUCUCAUUGGCAGGUCGCCACAAGCUGUUUGGCCACAAUGAGGCGUGUCAAAGGACAGCCAAAUGUGGUAGUGUACAGUGCUUUGAUCAAGGCGUACGAGCGCGCCAGCCAGUGGGAGCGUGCUGUGCGUAUCCUGUCCUUAAUGCUUGACGGCUCUCAGCCCAGGCCUAAUCGCGUGACGUGGGGAGCGGUGAUUAGCUCUGCGUCUCAGGGCCAUGCAUGGCAGCAUGCUUUGUUGCUUUUGAGCAUGGCAAGGAGGCAUGAACUCCAGCUCAUCACUUCGAUCAAUAUCGCCAUCAGUGCAUGUGCAGCGAGCAAGCACUGGAGGCAGUCUUUGGCUUUGCUUGAUGAGUGCUUGGCGCCCGACUUGGUGACUUUCAAUGCAUUCCUUGCAGCAUGUGAAUCAGCACAGAAAUGGGAGAGCGCCCUCCAAACGAUCCAGACGAUGCAACAGCGGCACUUUCAGCCUGACCUCAUCAGCUUCAACACUUGGCUGAGCACAUACCAGAAGGCCAGUGAGUGGGAGAGAGCCUUAGAUGUGUUCAAGGAGAUGUCGCAUCGAGGUGCCUUGCCAGAUGACAUCAGCUACAACGUCGUCAUCUCUGCAUGCCAUCAGGCAGCACAGUGGCAGGUUGCUACAGGACUACUUUGUGCAGCAGCUUCAGGUUUUGAUCCUUUGAGCUGUGCGAGCGGGCUGCUGGUCAGCGAAGAGGUUCUGGAGAGGAGAUCUUCCGAGGAAGCUUUACAGAAAGCCAUGAUGCUCCUGAGUGGAUGGGUUGCGGGGCAGAUGGUUCGUGGCCAGGAACCGUUUGUGCUGAUCAACGCCCUUGCUGGUCUUCUGCGCGCUCGCAGCUGCUGGCCCUCGAGUGCGGAUUUGGCCUUCCUGCGGCGUGUUUCAGCUCCCAUGGUAGCUUCAUUGAUGACGCUGUGUGCUGGAGGGAACACGAUGCCAUCUCCCUCGCUGGCGGGCCUGGCCACGGGAUUCUUCGCAGAUGUCUUGGAGCGCUUGAAGUAUGGCACUGAAAGGUGUGACAGUGUCGUCUCACUUCAUCAGAUUGUGAUCUUGGAGGCGCAGCUUGCAAGCGAAAUCUGGGUGAUUCCCCUGGAGCAGGAGCCAUCGGCUUAUGCGCUGACCACAUGGUUGUCUUUUGACCUGGAGUUGGCCCAUUCCUCAGGGCCCAGGCUCGCCCUUUCUGGAGAACUGGUGAGGCCAAAAGUGGCCACAACAUCUGGAGCAGAAAAGGAUGGCUUCAAAGCGCUUGGCCUGCAGAUCUUGUAG